CCAACCAAGAUGAAGCCACCAAUUAUACGGGUCGACGACUGGGAGGAGUUGCCAGCGCUCGCCACGCUCUAUGUGUGUGGUGAUAACGUCUUGGAUGUGGACGAGGUGUUCUUAACCUGCAAAAACCUGCUCUCCCACCCAGGAAGUGGACAGAUACUGGUUUUCGACGAUGCGGACACCCAAUUACUUUCGGUGAGGGAAUGCAAACCAGAAUUCUUGAAGUUACUUUUCACGUGCUUCGCCAACAUUGUCGACUAUUUCGCCGACUUCGCACACUCCGACAGCCUAGUGAUGCAGAGCAUCUGGUACGAUAUGCUCGACGAUCUCCAGACCGUGGCGGAGAGGCUGCCGCACAUGUUCUGGGAGCCCAAUGUCCCCAGCUGCGAGCAUUCCAAAGAGUUUGCCAUGGAGUACCUGGGCAUUUUGAAGCUCAUCAAUGACGUGAUCUCGCCUCCUGUAAACCCUGGCGCGGAAAAAGCGGUGCAUCACAACAAGGAGCACAUCGAGCGUACGAAUGUGAGGUUGGGCAGUUUCAAGGCGGGCCUGAAGCCGUGGGGACAGUUCUUACACCUUAAAUCGCCCGGAUUCGGCGUCCCGUAUGGUUCUCAGAUCUCUGAUAAGAGUGCGCGAAUGGGGGUGGAGUUCAAGGAAGAGCGACCGGAGCAGACUAUACCAAUGGGUGGGCUGGCUAUCGUCGACAGGCACACGGAACGUGGCAGACGUUUGGUUACCGAAGUAUUCAGAGGUGACACAGAAGUCGACGCGCGGCGCUCUGAAGAAAAUAUGAUACGCGAAUACGAUGCUCAUGCUGUGGAUCUCUCGGAGAACUUCAUCACAUACAAAACCCUUGAUGGUCGCCAAAUGACAGCGGAAAAGAUGCACCCUCUCUCUGGCGAGCGCACAGGGCCACGCAGAUAUUCAGGCUUGGGCGACCCGGCCACCAUAGUGAAAAAGCCUGAUUUCAACCUCCUCGACGAACACAUUGGUUCCCUCAGAGGUGACGAUGCGUACGAACAUCCUGACGGCAAUGAACAGCGUCAAUUCCACAUGCUCAGUAUCCGCACUAUGCCUAAUGCCGCCCCGGCUGAUGAUUCGGUCAUGAAGGAGUCGGACUAUACGGAGCCGUUCGAUGUGUGGCCAGAAUCCUGA